CGUCGUCGUCGUCGUCGCCGUCGUCGUCGUAGUCGUCGCCGUCGUCGUCGUCGUCGUCGUUGUUGUCGUCGUCGUCUCUGGGACCAUACCAUUUGGGGGGGGGGGCGUGGGCCCCGAGCCCGGGACCAUAGGUGUUCAGUUAGAAUCCACCAAGGACGAUGGCGCUACUGGAGUGCAAUUAGCGUGUGAGAAAAGCACUAUCCAAGAAGCGCCCUCCCAGGUGCGGAUCACUGCCACAGCACUCGAGGUCGAGGAGUUGCUGGAGCUGCCGUGCGACGUGAUCGCCAUGGACGCCACGGCCCGGGCACGCCCGGGCCUGCAGGAGCUCGGCGCGCUGGUGGCGAGGGCGCACGCGGGGGGCCUGCUGGUCAUGGGGGCACCAUCUGGCGUCCAUGGAGCUCGCGGUGGCCGCCGGCUUUCUGAUUCCUCGGGACGUGGUCGGCUCGACGCUGGCUGGCUACACGGGCGCCCCCAGCACGCAGCGCAGGGGCCUCGAGGGGCCCGCGCUGGAGCUGGUGCGCGAGGCCGCCGCGCGGCUCGGGGUGCCCGUGAUCGCCGAGGGGCGCUUGUCGUCGCCCUCGCACGUCUUCUCGGCUAUGCGAGCCCGGGGCCGCUGGAGUCACGAUCGGGGGCGCCAUCAACGACCCCGUGAAGACCACGCAAAUGCUGCUCAGGGGCGCGCACGCAGGCAUCCUGUCGUUCAACGAGUCCUCGCCAUCGGGGCGUUCGACAUAGGGGGCACUUGGCUUCGCUACGGGCUCUUCAGUGCAGACUGGCGCUUGCUCCGAAAGGAGCGCCUUCCUCUGCCGAAGACUGCCGCCGAGCGCAGGACGUGGAUGCUCGAGCAAGUCUCUGUGGACGGCGUCAGCUGCGUCGGCGUCUCCACAGGGGGUGUGGUCCACCCUCUCACGGGCGUGGUGACCUCUGCGAAGGAGGAGGUGAUUCCAGACCAUGUGGGCUUUGAUUUCAAGGAGCUGUUCGCUCCGUUGCCGGUCGUGGCGCUGAACGACGGCCUGGCCACAGCGUGGGCACACGCAUGCUUAGUUCGCGGGGCUCCGAGUUGCCACCUUGGCGCUCGGUACCGGGGUUGGCUGUGGCUUCGUCAACGAGCACAUGCAGCUUCUCAUGGGCACCGGCGGGGCCCCCCCCAGUCUGAACGACCUGCUGGCGCCGGUUGCGUCUCCAGAUCUGGUGUUGUCAGGGGUGGCCCUGGCUCAGGGUGAGCCCAGUUUUCCCUCAGGGGUAAGGAGCACUGAUUCGCUCCAGCAGUUUCAAGAUCUCCACGAUUUCCCAGUGCCCAUGGAUCCGCACGGACUCCAGAAACGAGGAUUUCUGGCAAUCCUGGAACGCAUUUCUGGCAAAUCGUAUCACUACGUUCUUCUCUUCCUAUUUCCAGUGAGGCCCAGGUCGCCUCAGGAGCGCCGCUCUUCCAGUUUCCCCGCUCCCAUCCCCUUCCUGGAGGGGGAACCCAUACCGAUACCGCUGCUCGUCCCUUCUUUUUCACGGCUGGAUUCUCAUCGGAAUUCUGGCCAGAAUGCACCACGGGAGAGGUCCGAGGAGUAGUUCCCUCACAGCUCUUCUUCUUAUUAUUCGUCUUCUUCUUCGUCUUCUUCUUCUUCUUCUUUUUCUUAUUCUCCUUCUUCUUCUCCUUCUCCUCCUCCUCUUCCUCCUCCUCCUCCUCCUCCUCCGCCUCUCCAUCGUUUGUCCUCUAGGCAUUCCGCGUCUCGCGAGGGCGCUGGAGGUGGCCCACUGGCUCCGGCUUGUGGGGCAGCGUACCAGGGAGUUACUCCCCUGCGAUCGCCAUGCGAUUCCGCGCCGUCCGCGGAGUCUCUGGAUUCCCGCCGCCUCCAGGCGCCGCGCGAGCGUCGCCGCGCAUUGCCGUUUUCAGCUUGGCCAGGGGGAAGAGGGAGGGGGGAUUUCGGAAAAGGCCUCGUCGACUUGCGCCUCUCGGUGGUGGCCAAAGUCGGCGGCGGCGCCUGCUGGCAACGAGCCCCUGGAUUCGAUCCGGCGCGCCGCCGACGUCGAUUCGACCCCGCCGCACUUUGCCGGGCAGGCGGAGGGCGAAACGGGGAACCCGUUUGCGAAGCAGGAUGAGGGGGGC